AUGGGUGAGAUUGAUCGAUGGGCAGACAUCCAUCCAGACAUAUUGAACGAAAUUACAAAGCGGUUCCAUUCCUACGACGACCACAUCCCACUUCCACUGGUUUGCAAGGAAUGGAACCUCAAACUUGUAAGCAACGAAAUUCCGUGGUUACUGUUACCUGAAGAAACUUUCAAGGCUAGUUUUGAUGAAGAGGAGGAGAUCUACAGUCUGAUGCAUUUACCUGUUACCGAUGAAGACACACUUGAGACUAAGGUUCUUGAAGAGAAGGGAGUCUACCAUGCCAUGCUGCCAGGUAUGCAGAUGCUGGACAUCCUCAUUCGUGGUUCCUGUUAUGGAUGGUUGAUCACCCUAACAAUAUCCGAAGGUAUGAUGCAAAUGUUAAACCCAUUUACAAAGAUGCAUUUCGAUCUUCCUCCACUGUCAACUUUUCCCAAUAUAGUUGAGUAUAAUCCUGGAGACGAUGAAUAUAUUUUUUGGGAUUUUCGCGACAAAAUCUCUAGCCUAGACCGCGAUGGUAUGCACAAGAUCCAAGUUUGGAAGGUGGUCAUAAAUUCAGCUCCUAACAAUGAUAACAAAGAUUUUAUGGCGGUGGCUAUAUAUGGACAGCUCAAAAGAUUAGCCUUUUACAAACCUAACAAUAAGAGAUGGUCAGACUUCACAAGAAACAUAGACUUCGAAGAUGUCAUAUUUUUUAAAGAGAAGAUAUAUGCAGUAGACUAUGAUGGCCAGCUAUACGAAUUUGAUACAAACACAGAAUCAGGGACUAUGGGAGGAAUCUACGCUGCACCUCCGACUGGGUUUACCGCAUCCACUUUUCAGCUGAAGUAUCUGAUUGGAUGUGACAAUGGAAACAUACUGAUGUUGGUAAGACAUUUUGGUACAUUGAGGGGCACAGAGAAGGAACUCGAGACAAAGAAAUUUGAUAUCUAUGAAUUGAGAAAAGGUUCCAAAAAAUGGUCAAGAUUACAUAGUUUAGGGAAUUUCAUAGUUUUGAUCGGACUCAAUUCCAGCGUCCAGAUGUUACCUACCAAUUUUCUAGGUAAAGGAAAUCAAAUUUACUACACGGAUGACUUAAUAGAGCUGAAAUCAACAGACAUUCCUUCCACACGUGACAUUGGCAUCUUCGACUUGAAGGAUAAAAGUUUUCGAAGAAUAUUACGGGAUGUCAAGUUUUUCUGUCCUCCUGUUUGGUGUUAUCCCAAUAAACAUCUCUAG